AUGUUUGUAUUCAAGAGGAAGACCCUUUUCUGUCAGACUGAACAGGUGAGUCACAAAACGAUGUCUCAUUUGACAACGUAGAAAAAAAGAACAUUUAUUGAAAUGGAACUAGUGUUGACUAGCCUACUAGUUAGUUCCCAACUCAAAUAAUUUACUGGAUAAUUUAAAGAUAACCUUGAAGUGGGAAUGAUAUAAUUGACUCAACAACCAAAAACACAUGAACCAUAAAAUCUGUAGUUAUUUCUGGUUGUUUACUAAAGUUAGCUGGGUAACUAAUUGAUCCUGCUUUGUAGUCUGCUUUGUAGUACACCCCUCUGUUCCUUCAAGACAAAUUGGUAUGUCAUGACAACAUAAUAUGUUUAUCCGUAUUUGCAUGUUUGUUUUAUGCUACAGUACACAUCGGCUGUUGACAACACAUACAUAAUGAGGUAAAGGGACAUUUGAUGUUGCCAGUAUUUUAAAAUGUAAAGCUACAGUCUGGUUGCCUGAAUUUAAUUCCGCUGAUUUUAUCUAUCGGUAUGCUGGACAAUAGAACGAGUCAAAAUUCACCCAAAGCUGAAAAACUGCCAAAUAACGUUGGCUAAGCUGGAACACUAGCGCGAGGUCACAGCAAAUAAAUUGAAACGAACCUUUGCUGAGCCUCUUCUGACUGAUGCUUAGAAUUCCACUUCCCCUAAAUGGCAUCAAAAUAUGUAUCCCUUUUUUUAUUUUACCACUACAAUCUGUUUUUAGGACGAAACUGAAAAAGAACAACUUGUGUAGAAAGUAAUCUGCGUAAUGAGGAAGUAGGGAAAAAAUGAAAACUUAUAUUUCUGGUCUAGUGAUCAAUGACAACCGAGCUCGCUGCCCAGAUUUACAUAAUUACAAAGAAGAGAUUCUCCUAAUGAAAAUGGUGUCCGACCUGAAAAUAUCUAAACAUACACAUUGUGAGAUAUUUGGCGAAAUAGACAGACAUGUCCGUGUAGAAUUUCCCCAUAGGGAAACAAUGGCCAUCCUCAAGAGUUCCAACAGUAAUGUGUAAUUUCUGACAUUUGAAAGGCUAGCGUUUGAUGACAGCAGAGCUCGCUGCCCAACCUUAAAUCACUACAAAGAGGACAUUCUCCUGAUUAAAAUGGUGUCCGACUUCAAAAUCAAAAUAUACCCUAUAGGAAACAAUAAUAACAUGCCAUUUAGCAGACGCUUUUAUCCAAAGCGACUUAGUCAUGCGUGCAUAAAUUGUUUUGUGUUUAUGGGUGGUUCCGGGGAUCGAACCCACUACCUUGGCUUUACAAGCGCCGUGCUCUACCAGCUGAGCUACAGAGGACCGCAAUGGGAUGACAUCAGAGUUCCAUAAGUAGAAGUUUUCACUACCAGCAAACUAUGCUACCUACAUUUAACGUAACAUCAUUAGAAAUAAUAGGUUAUCCUGAAUGAAAUAGUGUAGAACUUCAAAACAUCAAAAUACAUCCAUUUUGAGUUAUUCAGCUUACUUGUUAAAAAAAAACACUGUAUAGCCUCAAAACAUGGUUAAAACUAUACUUUUUGUACCAUGGAUGGUCAGUCCUUCCAUCCAUAACUUUCUUUGCGGUUAAGAGCGUUGGACCAGUAACCCAAAGGUCGCUGGUUCGAAUCCCCGAGCCGAUUCUGUCGAUAUGCCCUUGAGCAAGGCACUUAACCUAAUUGUUACUGUAAGUCGCUCUGGAUAAGAAUGUUUGCUAAAUAAAAUAACUGUAUAAACAUUUUAGUGGUUACAUUUCUCCAGCCCUAUCCCAAAACAGUGUCGGGAGUCCACUUUGUUAUUGUUUCAACUGCUGAUUGGCGUUUUAAGGGGGUGUGACUUUGGCAGAUAAUGUUACCCAUCUUAAGAAAGAUUUUUAAAUAUAAUUAACUAAAUAAUAAUAAUAAUAAUAAUAAUCAUAAUCAUAAUAAUCAUCAUAAUAAUUUAAAAAAGUUACCUGAGGUAAGCCUAUAGAUAGGGUUAACGCGGGCCGGUCUCAUUGCCAACCAUUGCGAAGUUGGCAUUGUGAUGCAGAACAAUAGGCUGGGAAUAGAACGUUCAGAAGGCGAGUUGGUGCCACGGUGCUCAAUACAACUAAUAGGGACUGGCAGGUGUAAAAAUGCCCUAAAAUAAGGCCUGUUUUUUCGCGAUUACUUCAAAACUACGGCAAGCAGCUGGGACAUAUGGUAAUAUUAUGAAACUGGCUCAAUGCAAUGAGCUAGUUUUUAUCAGAACAAAGCAUUGAUAAAAAUAUCAUGUGUCCAGCCGACUAUAGGUCCAUACUUUACAUUAGUGUGGAGAAGAAACCCAAGUGGGCGUGACGUUUGGCUUCAGUGAUGUGGAUGGGUAGUCAAAAAUUAUGCUGCAUUCAUAACCAAGUGGGAAAGUGGAAAUUACCAGUUGUUAAGUCAUAAAUACCAUUUGGAUGCAUUCACAUGCUUUGAACUCAUAGAGAAACGCUGAUUUAGCUAAUGGCCAACAAGCUGUGUCAACCAUGAACUAGAAGUACAGUUGUCAUGUUUGUAAACAAAUUGUAGUGUUUAAAAAAAGUAAUAAUUUAUUUUUUAUAAAUGUUGUUUUGUUACAUUUAACUGCCGAAAAUGCUUUUAUCAAGGUAAUUUCCUUAGUAGGCAACGUCAGAGGUCAGCAUUUGGAAGAAGUCGUUUUUUUUCAAAAUUCAAACAAAUUCAAACAAACCCCCUGGAGACAUUUGAAACCCCACCUCUUUAAGGAACACCUGGGAUAGGAUAAAGUAAUCCUUCUAAUCCCCUCCUUACCCCCCCCCCCUCCCCCAAAAAUAAAUAAUAAUCAUUAUAAUAAUUAUAAUAAUUAUAAUAAUUGUAAAGUGGUUAUAAGGUGAAUGCACCAAUUUGUAAGUCGCUCUGGAUAAGAGCGUCUGCUAAAUGACGUAAAUGUAAAAUGUAAACUACACAUGGAAUUUUAGAAAACGUGUUGCCUUCCAUGUCGUAAAUUGAGGAAGUAUCCCCAAGUAAAGGUUGGUCGAAAAUUAUCUGCGCUGCGCUUAACAUUACCUACCUAAUAAUGCCUAUCAGCCAGCUGGAACAGUAAAAAUGUCCUGACUAGGCAAUAUUUUUUAUAGAUAAUCGAGCCCCAUCCAUCAGUUGCUUUUCUAAUAAGUGUUUGGUGGUCGAUUUUCUUUUUCUUUUUAUAAUUUGUAUUUUAUAGAAUGCCAGAUUGUAGCUUUAAGUUUCAUUACAAUUAAGUGUUUUUAUGGCUGGCCUGGUACUGUAUGACAAAAUGCUAUUGUUCCAUAUUGUCUAAUCAUUUGUUUUUUCCUCUCAAACAGCACAAGGGGGAUUAUUGUGAAUGCUUUCCUACAAUGUCAGACUGAAGGUAGUACUGCCUAUUCAUACCAAAAGCCAUCUUAGUCUAAUGAUCUUUGUAAUUGUGAAAGGUGAUAAGUUACACAUAAGAUGUUUGUUGUUCAUACUUCAGAGAAAGAUUGUUCCAACAUUAUCCAAUGAUCAAUAGUUUUCACACUUUGAAUUUUCUCUGGAUAUUUCUUCUUGACCUAACCAGUACAUAUUUACUGCCCACGAAGGGCAAUUUGAGUGAAGCUUAAAUUUGUUUUAUAAAAACACACAACAUAAAACCAUAUGAUACAACAUACAGUGGUAGGUAGCUUAGUGGUUAAGAGCUGCCGAUGUGCCCUUGAGCAAGGCACUUAACCCUAAUUGCUCAUGUAAGUCGCUCUGGAUAAGAGCAUCUGCUAAAUGACUAAAAUGUAAAAUGUAUUCACACCUCUUGACUUUUUCCACAGUUUGUUGUGUUAAAAAGUGGUAUUCAAAUGGAUUUCAUUGUCAUUUUUUGUCAACGAUCUACACAAAAUACUCUGUAAUGAAAGAGCUUUAUACACCUGGAUUGCACAAUAUUUGCCAAUUAUUAUUUUAAAAGUUCUUCAAGCUCUGUCAAGUUGGUUGUUGAUCAUUGCUAGACAGCCAUUUUCAAGUCUUUCCAUAGAUUUACAAGCUGUUUUAAGUGAAAACUGUAACUAGGCCACUCAGGAACAUUCAAUGUCGUAUUGGUAAGCAACGGCAGUAUAGAUUUGGCCUUGUUUUUUGGGGGUUAUUGUCCUGCUGAAAGGUGACUUUAUGUACCAUUGUCUGUUGGAAAGCAGACAGAACCAGGUUUUUCUCUACGACUAUUUUGCCUGUGCUUAGCUCUAUUCUGUUUUAUUUAAUUUAAAAAAAACUCACUAGUCCUUGCUGAUGACAAGCAUACCUAUAACAUGAUGCAGCCACCACCAUGCUUGAAAAUAUGAAGAGUGGUACUCAGUGAUGUGUUGUAUUGGAUUUGCCCCAAACAUAAUGCUUUCUGUAAAGGCUUCCUUCAUUUCAAUCUGUCAUUUAGGUUCAUAUUGUGGAGUAACUACAAUGUUGUUGAUCAAUCCUCAGUUUUCUCCUAUCAAAGCCAUUAAACUCUGUAACUGUUUUACAAUCACCAUUGGUCUCAUGGUGAAAUCCCUGAGCGGGUUCCUUCCUCUCCAGCAACUGAGUUAGGAAGUACUCCUGUAUUUUUAUAGUGACUGGGUGUAUUGAUACAACAUCUACCAAUUGGUGACCUUCUUUGGAAGGCAUUGGAAAACCUCCAUGUUCUUUGUGGUUGAAUCUGUGCUUGAAAUUCAAUACUCAACUGAGGGACCUUACAGAUAACUGUAUGUAUGGGGUAGAGAGAUGGGGUAGUCAUUCAAAAAUCAUGUUAAUCACUAUUAUUGCACAAAAUGAGUCCAUGCAACUUAGUAUGUGAUUUGUUAAGCACAUUUUUACUCCUGAACUUUAAAACUUACGGUAAACAUAAAAUUAAUAUUAAGUCAAUGGGUGUGAAUACCUUCUAAGGCACUGUAUGUACACUGCUCAAAAAAAUUAAGGGAACACUAAAAUAACACAUCCUAGAUCUGAAUGAAUGAAAUAAUCUUAUUAAAUACUUUUUUAUUUACAUAGUUGAAUGUGCUGACAACAAAAUCACACAAAAAUUAUCAAUGGAAAUCAAAUGUAUCAACCCAUGGAGGUCUGGAUUUGGAGUCACCCUCAAAAUUAAAGUGGAAAACCACACUACAGGCUGAUCCAACUUUGAUGUAAUGUCCUUAAAACAAGUCAAAAUGAGGCUCAGUAGUGUGUGUGGCCUCCACGUGCCUGUAUGACCUCCCUACAACGCCUGGGCAUGCUCCUGAUGAGGUGGCGGAUGGUCUCCUGAGGGAUCUCCUCCCAGACCUGGACUAAAGCAUCCGCCAACUCCUGGACAGUCUGUGGUGCAACGUGGCGUUGGUGGAUGGAGCGAGACAUGAUGGCCCAGAUGUGCUCAAUUGGAUUCAGGUCUGGGGAAUGGGCGGGCCAGUCCAUAGCAUCAAUGCCUUCCUCUUGCAGGAACUGCUGACACACUCCAGCCACAUGAGGUCUAGCAUUGUCUUGCAUUAGGAGGAACCCAGGGCCAACCGCACCAGCAUAUGGUCUCACAAGGGGUCUGAGGAUCUCAUCUCGGUACCUAAUGGCAGUCAGGCUACCUCUGGCGAGCACAUCGAGGGCUGUGCGGCCCCCCAAAGAAAUGCCACCCCACACCAUGACUGACCCACUGCCAAACCGGUCAUGCUGGAGGAUGUUGCAGGCAGCAGAACGUUCUCCACGCCGUCUCCAGACUCUGUCAUGUCUGUCACAUGUGCUCAGUGUGAACCUGCUUUCAUCCGUGAAGAGCACAGGGCGCCAGUGGCGAAUUUGCCAAUCUUGGUGUUCUCUGGCAAAUGCCAAACGUCCUGCACGGUGUUGGGCUGUAAGCACAACCCCCACCUGUGGAUGUCGGGCCCUCAUACCACCUUCAUGGAGUCUGUUUCUGACCGUUUGAGCAGACACAUGCACAUUUGUGGCCUGCUGGAGGUCAUUUUGCAGGGCUCUGGCAGUGCUCCUCCUGCUCCUCCUUGCACAAAGGCGGAGGUAGCAGUCCUGCUGCUGGGUUGUUGCCCUCCUACGGCCUCCUCCAUGUCUCCUGAUGUACUGGCCUGUCUCCUGGUAGUGCCUCCAUGCUCUGGACACUACGCUGACAGACACAGCAAACCUUCUUGCCACAGCUCGCAUUGAAGUUCCAUCCUGGAUGAGCUGCACUACCUGAGCCACUUGUGUGGGUUGUAGACUCCGUCUCAUGCUACCACUAGAGUGAAAGCACCGCCAGCAUUCAAAAGUGACCAAAACAUCAGCCAGGAAGCAUAGGAACUGAGAAGUGGUCUGUGGUCACCACCUGCAAAACCAGUCCUUUAUUGGGGGUGUCUUGCUAAUUGCCUAUAAUUUCCACCUGUUGUCUAUUCCAUUUGCACAACAGCAUGUGACAUUUAUUGUCAAUCAGUGUUGCUUCGUAAGUGGACAGUUUGAUUUCACAGAAGUGUGAUUGACUUGGAAUUACAUUGUGUUGUUUAAGUGUUCCCUUUAUUUUUUUGAGCAGUGUAUAUACAUAUAGCCUAGAAUAAGUGCAAGUACAAUACGAUAAGAAGUGCAAAUAUGCAAGUUGUUCGAGUGCGCCUGUUUUGCACACUGGACUGUUUGACGCAUUUCUGCGUAACUCUGUAUUCCGGAAUAAAACUCUGUAUUCUGUGAUUUACCCUCCUGCGCCUGACUCCUUCAAAUCACCCAUCACAAUGUAUGUGGACACACCUUCAAAUGAGUGGAUUCAGCUAUUUCAGCCACACCUGUUGCUGACAGGUGAAUAAAAUCAGGCACACUGCCAUGCAAUCUCCAUAGACAAACAUUGGCAGUAGAAUGGCCCGUACUGAAGAGCUCAGUGACUUUCAAUGUGGCACGUCAUAUGAUGCCACUUUUCCAACAAGUCAGUUCGUCAAAUUUCUGCCCUGCUAAAGCUGCCACGGUCAACUGUAAGUGCUGUUAUUGUGAAGUGGAAACAUCUAGGAGCAACAACGGCUCAGCCGGUGUGUGGUAGGUCACACAAGCUCACAGAACGUGACCGCUGAGUGCUGUAGCGCGUAGAGCGUACAAAUCGCCAGUCCUCGGUUGCAACACUCACUACCGAGUUCCAAACUGCCUCUGGAAGCAACGUCAGCACAAUAACUGUUCGUUGGGAGCUUCAUGAAAUGGGUUUCCAUGGCCGAGCGGCCGCACACAAGCCUAAGUACACCAUGCACAAUGCCAAGCGUCAGCUGGAGUAGUGUAAAGCUCGUCGCCAUUGGACUCUGGAGCAGUGGAAACGUGUUCUCUGGACUGAUGAAUCAUGCUUCACCAUCUGGCAGUCUGUCAGACAAAUCUGGGUUUGGCAGCUGCCAGGAGAACGCUACCUGCAUAAUGCCAACUGUAAAGUUUGGUGGAUGAGGAAUAAUGGUCUGGGGCUGUUUUUCAUUGUUCGGGCGAGGCCCCUUAGUUCCAGUGAAGGGAAAUCUUAACGGUACAGCAUACAAUGUCAUUCUAGACGAUUCUGUGCUUCCAACAUUAAGGCAACCGUUUGGGGAAGGCCCUUUCCUGUUUCAGCAUGACAAUGCCCCCGUGCACAAAGCGAGGUCCAUACAGAAAUGAUUUAUCGAGAUUGGUGUGGAAGAACUUGACUGGCCUGCAUAGAGCCCUGACCUCAACCACAUUCAACACCUUUGGGAUUAAUUGGAACUCCGACUUUGAGCCAGGCCUAAUCACCCAGCAUCAGUACCCGACCUCACUAAUGCUCUUACAUUUACAUUUACAUUUUGGUCAUUUAGCAGACGCUCUUAUCCAGAGCGACUUACAGUUAGCGCAUACAUUAUUUUAUCGAACUCACUACCCUGGCGUUGCAAACGCCAUGCUCUACCAACUGAGCUACAUCCCUGCCGGCCAUUCCCUCCCCUACCCUGGACGACGCUGGGCCAAUUGUGCGCCGCCCCAUGGGUCUAGCAAGUCCCCGCAGCAAUGUUCCAACUUCUAGUGGAAAGCCUUCCCAGAAGAGUGGAGGCUGUUAUAGCAGCAAAGGAGGGACCAACUCCAUAUUAAUGCCCAUGAUUUUGGAAUGAGAUGUUCGACGAGCAGGUGUCCACAUACUUUUGGCAAUGUAGUGUGUGUCCUUGAGGAUUAAUGAGACUUGAGCUAUAGCAUUCUUCAGCCUGGGUCAACGUAGUCUAUGAGCUGCUUUUGGUUGGAAUUUGUGGAGUGAGAUUGCUAUUAUGUUUGUUGUUCAGGCUUCUGAGAAAUUGUCACGAUAUUGCUCUUGUUGUAGAUAAGUGAAAUAACAUGCAUAUGACAUAUAUUACAUUUUGUACUAAUGUUGCCCUUUUGUGUUUUCAAGGUGGUGGCCUUAGAUGUGUUUCAGACAAAGUGACAGCACAUUGUAAUGAAAGCAUUUCACUUGACGACAAAAAGGGGUACAAGUUGAAGAUCGGGCACCAAGAUAACACUGUUUACAAAGGAAACAAGAAAGAAAUUGAAGAGUUGAGCAAAUUCUACCUUAAAGAGGAAGUGAAGAUGGUAGUGAUUGGUGUAAUAGAUGAUGUUGAUGAGUGUGAGGCAGAGAGUGGGCAACUGUUGAUUUUGGUAGGUGAGGACUGGAAGGUGUAUGCUUACGAGACAGAGUGUCUUCAUCUGGUUGCAAAUAGUAUGCAAGAUCUGUUUGCGUCACAGCUGAAGUACCCAGGAAUCAAAACCUUCUACCGUGGCCAGUGUUUUGCAGACAUGGUAAGAUCAAAACUGUUUAGCGAUGUAUGUAACUACCUUAUAAUGAAGUUUCAAGAGGGACGUUUUGAGACAAUUGAAAUUAUUAGAAAGUAGAGGUUUAGCGGCUAAACCACAAAGGGCAGGCCACCAAGGUAAAAACUGUUUAAACUCCACUUUUUCAGACAACAGAAGAAUGGUCUAAAGUUGAACGUGACAGUGAUGAGAUUCAGAAAAAAAAGGAUGAACAUAAGUGUUUCCUGAAGUCAAUGGAAGAAGAAUUUCUGAAAAACCUUGACAUCAUCCAACGCAAAUUACCAACGCAGAUGAUGCAGAACAAAAAG